UUGUUAGCCUAAUUGUUCACUUUCGAUUUGAUUCUUGUUAACUAUUAUCCACCUUCGAACAUUUCAACCUUACAAUUAAACUUUCAAAAUGAAUAAUUUAAAUUGUUUCAUCGCCUUUGUGAUCAUCAUCUCGACAUUAUAUGAAACCUGUAAUGCCAAUAUUUAUGGUUACAAUGUCACCGUUUUCACCACAUCGGAUAAGGAUAAAAAGUUUGAUAGUGUCACAGGUAAAUUCAAGAUUGACCUGAAGGGCAAAGACUCCGCUGGCAAAAACUUCAGCCAUUACAUUGUCCUUAAUCCCGAUGGAGAUGAGAUUAAAUUCAAUCGUAGCUACUCUUAUCCUGCUGGUGCUUCAUAUCCAUUGGAAAAUAUCACCGAUGUUAACCUUAGAUGGACAUUGAAAUCGCCCUUCAACCCAAUCUACUUGGUCAACAAGCCCAAGGUUUAUUUUGAUCGAAUCACAAUUCAGGGUAAUCAAGCUGAACGUGGAAUUUCAACUCAAUCAGUACGAAUUUACUGUGGAAGUAAACGAAAAGCGGUCGGAAUUAAACACGAUGAGGCCGAAGUAUUUGUGACCUGUCUUCCUCUUCCUCUUUAUCCGAUUCCUGGUCUAACAGUUUAAUCAACCAGUUAAUCCGAUCAAUACAAUUAAUCCCAAUUUCAAUUCUGUAUUCAUACUUUAACUAUCAGAACUGAACAAAACUUCAUAACCACCAAUGAACAAACUAUGAAAUUAAUGUAAUUGAUUUACAAUUGAGUUUCUCUUUAAUAAAUAAACAAUUUAGGAUCACAAUUA